UCAGCUGUGUUUGUUUUGCUGCAUGUUGUUGCACAUUGCGAGAACUUUACAAAAGUCGCGCUGUUGCCGUCAUAUCACCAGUUCUAAACAAGUACUCACCAAAGAAACAGAUAUGAGCAAAAGGAAGGCACCCGAUUCGAACAACCCAAACGCCGAUUUCUGUGACUUUUUGACGGAACUGGCUAACUACGAGAAAAAUGUGAACAGACAGAUGCAUAAAUACAAUGUAUACAGAAAAGCGGCAAGUGUGUUAUCAAAACACCCAACGAGGAUCACCAGUGGUAAAGAAGCAAGAAAACUGGAUGGAAUUGGUGAUAAAAUUGGCAAAAGAUUGAUGAUUUAUACAACAGGACAGUUGCAGAAAUUGGUGAAAAUACCUGCAGCAGCCAGGAAACUUGUUGUAGAAGAAGGCAUUAAAUCCAUUGAAGAAUUGAAGAAUCACACGGACAAACUGAACCAUCAUCAGAAAAUAGGACUUCGGCACCAUGCUGAUUUUGAGACUCGAAUCCCAAGAGCUGAAGUUACAGUAAUAGAUCAGGUUUUACAGAAAGAACUAAAAUCUUUAGAUGAUGGAUAUAUUGGGAUGAUUUGUGGUAGUUACAGACGAGGCAAAGAAUCAAGUGGUGACGUUGAUAUGUUGUUAACUCAUCCAACAUUCACUUCACAAAGUGGAAAAAAACCUACUUUGCUGAAAGCUGUUGUGAAACAACUUGAAAAAACUGGAUUUGUGACGGACACUAUAUCGUUUGGUGACAGUAAAUUUAUGGGAGUAUGUAAAUUACCUGACGCCGAGGACGGUACAAAAUAUUUAUAUCGUAGACUAGAUCUGCGAAUUAUUCCCCAUGAUCAAUACUUCUGUGGUACGUUGUAUUUCACUGGAAGUGAUUUAUUCAAUAAAGACAUGAGAGGCAAGGCAUUGGAAGAAGGAUUUACUUUAAAUGAGUACACAAUAAGACCAAUGGGAAGUACCGGUAUACCUGGGGAACCACUUCCUGUCGAGUCUGAGGAGGAUAUAUUUGACUACAUUGGUAUGAAAUUCAAGAAGCCAUCAGAGAGAAAUAUGUAA